UGCUUCUACCUCUCUACGUGACCAGUGUCAUCGUCCUCCUGCUUUAAUCCAAGAUGUUUCUUAAAUAUGUCAGCAAAACUUGUCUUUUGGGACUGAGAAAUGUCUCUGGGCGAGGACAGGUGCUCUCUGUGGCUGCUGCAAGGCUACAGCACAGUCAAGCCCAGGAUCAUGGGCAGCCUGCCCCAUCAACCCGUCUAGAAACCUCCAGUGCCAAGACCUUGAUGGACAUCGGGACCCGCCGGAUCUUUACUGAGGACCAUGAUAUCUACAGACAAAGUGUCCGGCGCUUCUUUCAAGAUGAAGUGGCUCCACACCACAAGGAGUGGGAGAAGGCAGGUCAGGUGAGCAGGGAGGUGUGGGAGAAGGCUGGUGAGCAAGGGAUGCUAGGAGUGUUGAUACCAGAGGAGCACGGUGGCAUCGGAGCAGACGUGUUUUCUGCGGCUGUCGUGUGGGAGGAGCAAAUGUACUCCAACUGCUCAGGGCCGGGUUUUCUCCUGCACUCCGACAUCGUCAUGCCCUACAUCUCCAACUAUGGUAGCAAGGAACAGAUUGAACGCUUCAUCCCUGACAUGACUGCUGGGAAAUGCAUCGGCGCUAUUGCCAUGACAGAGCCGGGAGCAGGCAGUGAUCUUCAAGGUGUGAAGACGUACGCCAAGAAGGAUGGCAGCGACUGGAUCCUCAAUGGCAGCAAGGUGUUCAUCACAAAUGGUUGGAUGGCUGACUUAGUGGUGGUUGUGGCUGUGACUAACCGUGAGGCAAAGUCAGUGGCACAUGGCAUCAGUCUGUUUCUAGUGGAGAAUGGCAUGAAGGGCUUCCAAAAAGGACGCAAGCUGGAGAAGAUCGGUCUGAAGGCCCAGGACACAGCUGAACUGUUUUUUGAGGAUGUGCGACUCCCAGCUAGCGCCCUCCUGGGAGGACUCAACAAGGGUUUCUACUACCUGAUGAACGAACUGCCUCAGGAGCGUCUGGUGAUUGCUGGCAUGGCCAUUGCGAGCUGUGAGUUCAUGUUUGAGGAAACCAGGAACUACGUGAUGCAGAGGAAAGCUUUCGGCAAGACGGUCGCUCAUCUCCAGACUGUUCAACACAAGCUGGCAGAGUUGAAGACUGAAAUCUGUGUGGGCCGAUCCUUCAUAGAUAACUGCCUUCAGCUCCACGCUGAGAAACGCCUGGAUGCCGCAACAGCUUCCAUGGCCAAGUUCUGGGCUUCUGACCUCCAGAUUAAGGUGGCCACUCAGUGCCUGCAGCUCCACGGAGGCUGGGGCUACAUGUGGGAAUACCCCAUUGCCAAGGCGUUUGUGGACUCCCGUAUUCAGCCUAUCUACGGAGGCACCAACGAGAUCAUGAAAGAGCUCAUCGCCCGCACCAUCGUCAGCCAGAAGUGAGAACUUUGGAUGUUUUCACGGUGGAGGCGCACUGGGGAAAGUGGGAUGCUUUGCACAGGUGUUUUUUCUUAGUUCACCAUUUGUGUAAAUUGGGUUAAAGCAGGUGUCUCUGGGGUUUCUUAGACAGAGCAGGGACCCCUACUGCAUAUCGUCCUAUUGUUGAAAGUUGCUUGUUAAACUGGGCCUACAGUAAGGUAAUGUAGGGCAGUCUAAAGUGCCAUCUAUAAACUUACCUUUUUAUUCAUUCAUACAUCAUGUUUGUCUCUGAAGUGGAUGGUAUUUCUGAAUCUCAUGCUCGAAAAAUUACAAAGCAAUCCACUGUGGCUCACAAGGAUGUUGGUACACUUGAAAUAAUAAUACAGCUUACUGGCCAGUGUGUAUCAAUAGCACGUAACUGUUAGCUUACUAGUUUGCCUCGCUGUUAUAAACCGGUGCUGCACAGUAAUUAAGGGUUACCUAGCUAACAUGAUUGCACAAGGUUUCAAGGGUAAUAGUCUAUCAUGAAUGCCGUGUGCCUUGAAUGACCUACCUCUUACAGAUGGAAAAUUAAAUUUGUUGAUUUUAAAGGCUGACAGAAAAUAGACAGAGCACAAAAUGCUAAGCAUUGUAUGAACAAAACCUUCAAUGACCUCAGUCAAACAUGUUGUAUUUCACAUUGUUGGUACAAAAAACAACAACUUAUUUUUAUGUUUGCUUCUGUCCACUCACUGUAGCGGUAGUCGUGUGUAUAGAAUAUAUUGUAUAUAUUGCACUAAAAAUAAUAGAUUCCAGCCAGAAAGUAUUUUUGUAAAUGAUUGGGUUGUUUAUUGAUAUUGUGUUGAGUAUGUAGCUGCAUAAAAGAUUAAUUAAUCAGAUCUAUGUGCCUUUAUGUCAACACUGAAAUUGUCCAACUAUGGCUGUCCACCUGAUGAAAUAAAUGAAGUUCACACAAUGUUUAA